AUGCUUGCCUCACGCUCUGCAAAGCCCAAGUUGUCCUUGAACAUCUCCACCACCGCUGCCGCUUCUUCUGGAUCCCGACCAUCGCUGUCGCUGAAGUCUCCAUUGAGCCCUUUGAGGUCACCUAUUCCUCCUUCGCCUCUUAGUCCAACCGCGCGAAACACUCGGCUCAACCAAAGGGGCUACUCUACUAUGCAACAGCCAACAUAUGCAUACAAGAACUCGAGCUCUUCACGAAGCAUCUUAAAGAAGUCACCCCAGUCAUCAUCAUCGGCAGGACGACAGUUGUCUUUCGCCGACAGCCCCGUGGUAUACUGUGUGACCCCUAUUGAUGACAAAGAGUACUACGGAUCGCAUACCAAGAUGUCGAGGGAAGAGCGACGGUGGCAGCGAAGAUGA